AUGGAUACAUAUACAUUUCAAGGAUGGCUAACAGCGGGUGCAGCCGGGUCGGGAAAGACAAUUAUGACGUCUAAAGUUAUUGAGCUCCUCGAGGACUCUAAUGCUUGGCAUCUCGCAUAUUAUUACUUUUCGUUUCAGAAUAAGGACUCUCAGAGUCUUCGCAACCUGAAAUGCACUCUUUUAGUACAAAUUUUGAAGAGGCUUUCUCUUCCUCAUCCUGAGAAUGCUGAUGUAUUCUUCAUCCCACGAGCCUUCAGAGAUCUCUACGACGCUCAUUUCCCUUCUAAGACCCCACCAAUGGAAGAGCUUGACGCGUUAUUAAUAAAUGUCAUCGGUCUAUCGGAGGAAACGUUUCUUGUAAUCGAUGCCUUGGAUGAAUGCGACUCACUGUUGAUCCGAGAGGAGAUUAUUACUUUCUUGGCCAGCUUGCUUGAAAAGGUUGAAACAAAACUGCAUAUUUUCAUCACCAGUCGCCUAGAGGUCGACAUUGAGAUGAAAAUAUCACAACUCUCUAUUCCCACGAAUUCGGUGGCUCUCCUAGCUACAUAUGUUGACUCGGACACACACAAUCACUUACAAGCUUUGGUGACAGAACAAGAUUCAUUUGCGGCUUGGUCUGCUCCCCUUAAGGAAAGGGUCAUACAACAUCUUGUCCGGAAUGCUGACGGCGUCUUCCGCUGGGCAGAUCUUCAAAUACAGGAAUUGAGGGGGAAAACACGAGAGAUCGAUGUCAACCGAGCGUUGAAACGACUUCCUCGUGAUUUAGGCGAAACAUAUAGACGUAUUCUUCAGCGCAUUGAUCGGGACAAUUACCGGCUCGAAGCCAUGGCAGUUCUGAGGUGGCUGGCAUGUGCAACACGGCCACUGAAUCUUGCAGAAAUUGCCGAGCUUGCAGUUUUUGAUGUAGAAGAAAGUGAUGAAGCAAAUAUUCUGCCUUCUUCUAGUGAGUUCAAAGUCUCUUGCGUGUAUCAGAAUCGCUUUAGCUCGGCUUCGGAUGUCUUGAACAUUCUUUCCGGACUUGUCACAAGCACUGAACCAAUUGGCAAGGAUUCUCGGUUCGAAUACGACAUAGUUUCAUUCUCUCAUUUCUCAGUGAAAGAAUAUUUGCAAUCAACUCAAGUUUCACCCUCGUCGUUCAGAUUAAUACCGAGAGACUGCCAUUGGUUCAUUUUAAGGUGUAGUUUUGCGUACAUGAGCGCCUACGAC